UUCCCCCCUCUUAAAAUUUCAAAUGUCAAUCAAAACUAUCAAUAAAUUCCGGCAAUUUUCAUUUAUUACAAUUUUAUUUUUAAUAAUCUUUUCAUCAAAAUAUUUUGUUAGAGUCAAAGCCUUUUCUAAAAGUACAACAAGUUUGGCAACAAUCCCCCCAAGUGAUGAAGUUGUUAAACCGAGAACUUGGUCCAGACCUACAACAACAACUACAAGUACAACAACCACCACUACAACCACAACCAGCACAACUACAACCACUACAACAACAACAAUGACUCCUAGACCUAGACCUCAGCGGUGUCGUGAUAAGGACAUGAAUUGGUUAUUUUUUGAGUAUUUCAAAGACCGUCUAUACUAA